AUUAUGACUCCAUGUCCCACAAUGCAUUUCCUCCUUUAAUUCCCAUCAUUCCCCGCUGCAACCCCUCCUGCACCGGUCAAGAUGGCGGACAAAGCAGUUCCAGUUGUCGAGAAGAAUCUGGGGAAUGUGAUGCUGAAAGAGUUGCCUAGAUGGCUCGCAGGUCGAAACUUGACCCCGACCGGACUCGUAAGAGGAGGCUAUGACUGGUACUACAACAAGUACAUCAAUGUAAAGAAGGGAGGCAUUGGUGGGAUCUCCAUGUUUCUGUUUGGAUACGUGGUCAUCAGCUACGUGUGGAGCUUCGACCACAUCAAGCACGACCGCUGGCGGAAGUACCACUGAGCCUCUCCAGCAGCCGUCACACCAUCAGGGGGUCGAACCAGCGUCUCCCCUCGCUCUUUAUAUGCUCAGCUACAUUGUGUUCGCUGAGCAAUAUGUUAGUAAUAUUGUUUGUAAUAUGUGACUGUUGUGACCAAUAAAAAGUAUAUCAACACG